CCUGUCUAAAAAUGUUUCUUGGAAAUGUUUCAUAGUUGAUUUUUAGUAAAUACACCUGUAUAGGAAACUGCUACUCAGCAAGCAGGAUGUAAAUACUUCGACGGAGUGAUCCGUUGAUGUUCUGUAAUUAACUUGCGUCAAUGGGAGUCCGUGGAGACCAUGGAUUCUGACGAUGAGUAUGACUUCAAUCCAGGAAGCAGAGCAGGACCAAUAAAGAUCCUUAAUCUUGAUGAAGACGCACCAAGGGAUGUGAACAACAGCAGAAGGAACAGAGAGAACUCUAGAGGGAAAGAGAGAAGGCCACAAAGAGGCACAGAUACCUCUCAAAGUAGAGACGACGGAAUAAGAGGCAGGGGAGGUAGAGGAGGAAGAGGAAAUGGUCGAGGAAGAGGAGAUGGUCGCGGAAGAGGACGUGGCGGCAGAGGAGGUAGAGGACAAGCUUCUGGAGUGUCGGGACAGGAAGGUUUUGAUCUCCGAAGAUAUUCCUCACUCAGCAGAUUAGAUAAUGGUUCAAAGAGAGAGGAAGCACAGAACGACGCUAAUCCUACAUACAAUGCUGAACCAAGACAGAGAAGAAGUGCUUCCCGUCCCAGACCAGAUAGAAUAUUUGGAUACAGGAAACUUGAAGAGCUUUCUAAAAAGACCAAUACCGAUGAUAUCUUAAUGGAAAUUUUGUCGGAGAGUAGUGGAUUUCAAACGCUACUGAAGAACAAUAACAUGCAAAACGAUUGGAGUAAAUUGCUAAUAUCUGUACUUGGGAAAGCCUGCUCUUCUCAUAAAAGCCACAGCAAGUUGCAACUAGUGGGGCUACUUGUGAAAGAGAAUGUCAUGAUGCUUCAAGUGACAACAUUUCUUGGAAAAAUCCAUUCCAGAUGUGUGGCAAUUUCUCCUGACCAACUUGAUAGUCUUAUUCAAGAUGUCUGCAAGAUAAUGAAAGAAUUGAUGCAACGUAUGCCACAAGAGGCACACUCUAUAAGCAGUGCUGUAGUGAUGCUGAAUGUCAUCGCUAAUGACCCUUCAUUUCACUUACAACAGAACCAAGAUAUUUCAAAUCUGAUAAAUGAAAUAUCUUUAACCAAAGAUACCAUUGUCAAGGACUUGGAUAACCAAAGAAGGGAAAGAAAUAUGCAACCUGGCGGCAGACGGAAUCAACGAGACAUGGAGUCAUUGCCGCCACCCGACAACUUCAGAGACCUUCCCAUUCUGCCUAAUCUCAGGGAUUUGCAGUUCAACGAGAAACCAUUUCUCAGGAGGAAUAAGGUUGACGGCUGUUAUGAUGACUUGCAUCAUUAUUUGGACGUCCAGUUCCGUCUACUACGGGAAGACUAUAUUCAGCCACUGAGGAACGGGAUCACAGAAUAUCGAAGGGGCAAGAAGGAUGUAAAACAGAGAUUCCAAGAUAUACGUCUGUAUCAUAAAGUCAAGGUUGUAAGACCUAUCUGCUCCAACAGUGGGAUUCUACAUGUCAUACAGUUUGAUGUGUCCAAGAUGAAGAACAUGCGAUGGGAAUCCUCACGCCGGCUUCUUCACGGUUCUCUUGUAUGUCUGUCCCAAAAUGACUUUGAGACGAUUCUUUUUGCCACAGUUACAAACCGUGAUGUCAAAUUGCUUUCACAAGGAUUAAUCGAAGUGCAGUUUAAAAACAAUUUCCAGAGUGUAUUUGAGAUCAAACCAAGUGAGGAAUUCAUCAUGGCAGAAACAACAGCUUAUUUCGAGGCUUACAGGCACAUCUUGAGAGGUCUCCAGGAGAUUGAAGACGGCCUUCCUAUGCAGAGAUAUAUUGUCGAAUGCAAACAAGCACUUAAACCACCGAAAUAUUUACAAAAUGAGCUUCACUAUUACGAUUUCAGCCCUCUCCUUCCUGAGAAUCAUUGUGAUGAAGUGUAUGUCCCAGUCAUUAAUACCCGACAAUGGCCGAGUGCAAAAGCACUAAAACUUGACAAAUCUCAGUACCAAGCGUUGCAGAUGGCCUUGACCAAAGAGAUGGCUCUCAUUCAAGGUCCUCCUGGUACAGGAAAAACGUUUGUAGGAUUGAAAAUCAUGCAGCUGCUUCUCCACAACUCUGAUGUCUGGAGACGGUCACAUGUCAUAGAGGAAGAUGACGAAACGAAUGAUUCCAUACUAGUUGUAUGUUACACAAAUCAUGCACUUGAUCAGUUUUUGGAAGGUGUAUCGGAAUUUUGUGAUAGCAUCGUUCGUAUUGGUGGGCGUUGUAGCAACCCGGCUUUGGAACCGUUUAUGUUGAGUAAUCUUCGAAAGGAAGCUAGGAUGAAAAGACAGAUCCCGAAACUUAUCUGGGAGAGAAAAGCAGACUGCAGGAAGCAAAUGAAUCUACUCAAGGAUAAGAUUGAAGAUGUCAGCGCCAAGCUUGACGCCUCUAGGUUGGGUCUCAUGCACGAGAAAACCCUCGAACUCUUCAUAAAGGAAGAACAUUACAGAGAAUUAGUAUCGGGACGUCUGAGGAACAAAGACAUCUCUGCUAUUUACUAUUGGUUGGCCAGUGAUUUGCAUAAUGUCGUUCCUCACACAGAAGAGGACAGUUCAUCGAAAUCCACUGCUACUGAAUAUUCAACAUAUUCAAAAUGGAUUGACAAUGUAAUAAAUGGACCAACAUUUGAUCUUGGUAUUGCUGAUAUUCUGCAGGGAGACUUAUGGAAUAAGAAACUAGUUGAGCGUUUGUGCAUAUACAAGCAGUGGGUAAGCUCAUAUAUUGCUUACAAACAGAAAUGCAUGGAUGAUAUAACUGAGGAAAUCCAGGCACUUGUAGAGGGAAACAGAAAAUCCGACAAGAAUAAUCUACAACAUCAGCAGAUACAACUUGGAAAUGUUCGAAAAGAUGUCCAAACCGCGGAGACACGUGUAAUGACAGAGAAUACCUUGAAGGAUGGACUCAGAAUCGAGUUGCGCAAACAUCUUGAACGCCUACUCCGAACAAAACCACAAAUGUCUCUCAAUUGUUCUGUGGUAGAACACUGGCUACACAUAGAUGAUACGUCGGACUCGGAAGGACUUUUCACUGAGGCUCUAGAAGUUAUAGCUUCAAUAUCAGAAACAAUAGACACACUAGAAGAAGCGGAAGCGGCGGAAAUGGAGCGAACUAUUGUAGAUAAAAAUGACGAAGAAGAAAACGACCGAUCAAAAACCCAUGAGGCAAUGCUGUCAAAGGCAAUGUCCGAUCUAUCAUAUUCUUUCACCGGAGGCGACAACGAGGCUGGAACGCCAGGAGCAAACACGGAGUGGCAGACUGCGACAUCUCAGAAAACAACCAAAGAAGUGAUGCGUAGAAUGCUAGAACAGAGUCAGGCAAUGUCGGAUAAGGAGGAGGCACGGCAGCCUGUCGAUGUAUGGAAUUUGUCUGUCGGGGCCAGGUUUUCCCUUUACAAACUUUGGCUUUCAAGGUAUCAGGAUCAUCUCAGUUCGUCUAUCCAAGAUAUUGUGCAGCAAUACUCAGAUGUCUGUGAUGUUAAUCAAGAGGUUAUGGAUUCUGAAGAUGUGGAUAUCAUCUCAGGUUCACGUGUUAUUGCAAUGACGACGACGGGGGCUGCCAAAUAUAGAAACAUCUUGCGGUCUGUUAACCCGAAGAUCAUAGUUGUCGAAGAAGCUGCAGAGGUGUUAGAAUCCCACAUCGUAUCUACCAUCAAUUCAAACUGCCAACAUCUCAUUCUUAUUGGCGAUCACAAGCAGCUGAGACCAACUCCUACCGUCUACCAACUAGCUGUUAACUACAAUUUAGAAAUAUCAUUGUUUGAAAGAAUGAUAAAGAACGAGAUGAAUUAUGUCACCUUAGAACUGCAGCAUCGAAUGCGACCAGAGAUUUCAAAUCACAUGCGACUUAUCUAUCCAGAUUUACGUGAUCAUCCCUCUGUAUUUGGAAAGAAGAAUGUCCUUGGUAUUGCUACAAAUAUGCACUUCAUCGAUCACAGCUUUACAGAGACGUUUUACAGCGAAACGAAGAGUCGUUCGAAUAGCCAUGAAGCCGAAUUCAUUGUGGGUCUGUGCAAGUAUCUUCUUCAGCAAGGAUAUUUGUCAACGCAAAUCACAGUUCUGACUACGUAUACUGGUCAAGUAUUCGCACUGAAGAAACUAAUGCCCAAGAGAGAAUUUGAAGGCGUUCGAGUGACAGCUGUCGACAACUACCAGGGUGAAGAGAAUGAUAUCAUUUUGCUCUCUUUGGUAAGGAGUAACAGUGAUGACAGCGUUGGCUUUUUGAAAACAGAUAACCGAGUCUGCGUUGCACUUUCAAGAGCAAAGAUGGGUUUUUAUGUGAUUGGAAAUUUCACACUCCUGAGCUCACAAAGUACUCUGUGGACAAACAUCGUUCAAACUCUCAAGAAAAAUGAUGCCUUCGGUUCAUACCUGACGCUGAAAUGCCAAAAUCACCCAGAGAAAACUGUCAAUGCUUCGUUGAGGAGUGACUUUAGCAAAACUCCGGAUGGAGGCUGUACCACGCCAUGUAACACUCGUCUUCCUUGUGGUCAUGUUUGUGAAAAAUUUUGCCAUAUCACUGAUAGAGAUCAUAAAAGGUACCGCUGUUUGAAGCCAUGUGCAGAGACAAUAUGCAUCAAAGGUCAUGUUUGUACGAAGAAAUGCUGGCAAGAAUGCGGAAAAUGUAUGCAAAACGUCGUGAAGACUAUUCCAUCUUGCGGACACGACCAGUCAGGUCCAUGUCAUCAAGACGCCCUCACUCUCAAGUGUCAAUCAAAAUGCGGGAAAACACUAUCUUGUGGUCAUAAGUGUGACGGUAUCUGUGGGAAGUGUAAAGAGUCCAACACUCAUCAGCUUCAAUGUCAGGAGCUCAUCAAGCGCAAGUUGAUUUGUGGGCACUCGAUACAGUGCAAGUGUUUCCAGAUGAAGUAUGGAUAUCUCAUGUACGAAAAUUGCACUACUAAAUUGGAUUGUGAUCAUCCCUGUUCUGGAACAUGUGGAAGUUGUUUCCAAGGUCGUUUACAUAUGCCUUGCUUUGAGAAGUGUACAAAGAUGUUGAUAUGUGGCCAUAAGUGCGGUCAGAAAUGCGGUGAGCCAUGUCCUCCGUGCGUAAAGAAGUGCAGCCUUAGUUGUGAGCACAGUUCAUGUUCGCUUAUCUGUGGCAAGCCCUGCCUCAACUGUACAGAGCCGUGCACGAGGUCAUGUGAUCACCAAAAGUGUACUAAGCUUUGUCACGAGAUAUGUGACAGGCUACCGUGCGACAUGCCGUGUCCAAAAAAACUCGGAUGCGGUCACAAUUGCUCUGGACUCUGUGAAGAGAUGUGUCCAAGAAUAUGUUUUUAUUGCAAUGAAACAAAGGCAAAAGAAAUCUUCAAAGACGCUACUCCAGCCACUAGAUUCAUUAUGUUGGAAGACUGUAUGCACACAUUUGAAAAGGAAACCAUGGAUAAUUGGAUGAAUGCUGAUAUCCUUAGCUCAAAAACAUUCAGUUACUUGGAAGUCAAUAAAUGUCCGACCUGUAAUAAGCCUAUCAAUAACAGCAAAAGGUAUGGCAAUAUCAUCAAGCAAACACGUGGUCUCGUCAACGAGGUAAAGCAGCAGCUUAUUGGCAGUAAAAGGAAAAUCCUUACCCACUGUCAACAAAUGAAAACUUCGGUAGCCAAGCUGCAGCCAGUAGAUGCGGAGAGCUUCAAUAUAUUGAUGCGUAAACUUGAACCUGUAGCACAAGUGACGAUGGCAUCUCUUGAAGUGGUCGAUAUCCAGAGAAAAGCUACUGCAGAGUAUCAACGACAAACUGCAAACAUUGGAAGCAUGAAUGUCAAGGUAUCACUACAUCUGUUGAAAACAUGGGUCACAGAGACAAAAUUUAAACCUAACAAGACGGAUAUCAAGUCCAAACUUCGACAGUCUUUUACACCACAAGAGCUAGCAGAGGUUAGGGAAGAGAUGUUAAGACUAGCAUACAUUGUGGAAGUGAUCCGCUGCGCAGAACACAGCCAAAAGUCACAGCCAAGUUUGGCUACACAGUAUGUCGACAUACAUGAUAUCUUGGAAGAUGGACGCCCCAUGACAGAAACUUUGGAUGAGAAACUCAUCAAGAUUUUCAAGAGUUUGAGUGACAGAGACCCUUCAUGUCAACCAAUCGUUGAAAAAAGAUGCAUAGAAAAGUCUAUGAAAGAUUUUGCUCAAAAAGGACGAUGGAUAAAAUGUAAUGAAGCUAACCACUUGCUUAGCGGAGAAACAACGUUGGGACCAGAGUGUCCACGGUGUAUAAGGGCAAAAUCAGACAAGAAUACCAAUGCUUCACAUCAGAAGCUGUCUCAGACGAGAGGCUCUCUACAGGUGGCUGACAAAAUACUUGGGCAACGAAAAUAUGAUGCAGACCUGUCUUCGACCCCACUAAGUACACUCGCGACUUACCCAGGUUCUACAAGAAAUGAUGGCAUAGACAUUUCAGCAGAUCGCAUGAUCAGACAUGGUCAACUUACAAAUAGUGUUGCGACACAGCAGGCAAAGUCUGGUGAAUAUUCGGAUUAUGACUUUGAAAAGCUUUCUUCCAAUUCUAGCACAAGAAUUGUGGGAGAAAAAGGAUGUAUUACACCUACGGAGGAAACACGUCCUAUCCCAAAACCCAGAAAAAAUAAAAUCGAAGUACCAAAAGCCUAUGAUGUUAUGGACUGGGAGACAAGCCCUCCAAAACCCAGGAAAACUAGAGACCCAGAACGGGAUGGCGCGGAUUUGAAAUUUAAUGAAUAUUCAACCAAACAAACGGCCUAUUCGGGUCUUGCAGCCCAGAUUUCUUCUGACACUGGACGUUGGAUUACAUCAUCGGAGACAACUUUAUCACGGGCAAAGUCAGACGCGUCACCGAGAAUAUCAUACGAUAGAGAGUCUCUCGUACAGUUAGGAUCAUCGCCUCUAUCACACGUCUUUCUUCCAUGUCUGCAGAGAGCAGAUCUUCCAAAAGAAGUAUCGAUACUAAAUAGAUCUACAAAAACGGCAACCACAGACAAAAAAGGAGAUACUGAGGAAGUACAGUUGGGAUUAAUCAGGAAAGCGGCAGUCUCAUCAGGAGAGGUUAUUGGCAGAGAUCAGAACAGCCCAGUCGUGUUACAAUGGACAGAUCCUAAACCUGUUGGAUCGAUGACUGGAAAAUCUUCAUCACAAGUAUUAACGGAGUCAACAAAGAGUUAUUACACUCCUCAAGUGGACACCAAGAUGGUCAACACUAUAACACCAUAUGAGGCUAUGGAAGGGAGGGCGGGGGCGGCCGGAAAAGUCAAAGUACCUACAAGAGAAGUGACUGGCAAAGAAGGGAAUACCUCAGCAGGUUUGCAAUGGACAGAUCAGUCGACAAAGAGAUACUACACUGCUCAAGUGGACGUCAUGAUGGAUAAAUCGUCAUCUUUUUUCGACAAUAUAACAAGUUCUAUGGAAGAAAGGACCGGGGCUACCAGGAAUGUCGCAACUCGAGAAUUGAUCAGAAGUGAACAGUAUAACCCAGCCAAGUUACAAUGGACGGAUCCUAAGCCUGUGGCAUCGGUAGCUGCACAAGCUUCAGUUGUAAACCCCACGGGGACGAAAAAGACAUAUUUUACUCCUCAAACCGAUGCUAAGAUGGAACUCGAUUCUUCUCGAUAUGAAUUGCAUCCCGAUAGAAAAAGGCUGACAGGAAAUGUUUAUAGUGGAGGCGGAACCAAUCCAGUGGGGGACCAAUGGACUGAUGCUAAGCCCGUCAGAAGGGAACCACAAGUGGGGGACCAGUGGACUGAUGCUAAGCCCGUCAGAAGGGAACCACAAGCCACACCAGGAGAGGAAACAGAGUUCGAAAAGACGUACCGUAUGGUUAUGAAAAAAUCUCAGAGGGAGCCAGAUCCGGCCAUUGAACCAGCACAGAAGAAAUCCGAGAUUCUGUUCCAAUGUACAUGUAUAGAGCCAGGAUGUGCUGAGCAGGAAGCUCCUGGAUAUUCCGGGCGAUGUCAGAAACAUUACGCAAAACGCGAAGUGUCUCUGUUGGCGAAGAUUAAGAAUUUUAUAGCUAAAUAGCUAUACGUCCUUCACAGAAAUCACCCAGAGUAACGUUCUCUCAAAAUCGACGGGAGAGAAAUUGAUGUCGCUACUCCCAGAAGGUCAUCUGUAGUUUAAAGUAGUAAGAAAUACAAUGAGUGGGAUCACUUUAUCUAUUUUCCGUUUUGGCUCGUAAGAUAUUAGAUUAAAACAAGACAUUUGUGAGCAAGGCAGAAUUUGUCGAUGAAGCGUGAAAUGUUUCAGACACGUGGUCAUCACAGAUAAAAUUGCAUAUGCGCCUUACGAUAAGUAAGCAUUAAUUUUGUUCUUUUUUCACUGUUUUUUCGAUGAUUUUAAAUUUUCAUGGUUUCAGCAAGAGUAGUUUUUGGGGGGGAAAUGAAUCAGACCAUAAAAUGUUUUAUUAUUUUUUUUCCCCCCAAUAUAUAUUGUGUGCGAUAGCUUCAAACGUUUAUGUGUACGUGUCGGCAUGGUUUAUCUUCCUGUGUAUUUACACAUCGCUUUAACGGUGAAUGUUGUGUUCGAUAUUGAUUAAUUGAAAAUAUCAAUCACCGAUUUUGUUUCAAAUGUUUAAUAUUUGAAAGUGACAUAAUGCAAAGAGCUUUGGCGUCAUCUUUCACGGAAAAUAUUCACAAUACAAAGAUAGAAUUUAAAUUACUGAAAUACAAUUGGUAAUGGACGAUUUUGAAAACUUCAUCAUCUUCCAAUGUUGACAUUACGGCCAUGAUGGUUCCAAAUCGUCAUCAGUGGUCAGUGAUCGUGGCGAUUAUAAGGCAUUGUCGUAAGACUGUAUUGAGCUUUCAAAAUCGUUCUAUUUAUUACAACACUUAGUGUUGCAUAUUUCAAUAUUGCUUUGAGAAAUAGCAUUGCCAUACUUCCUGUAUAUAGUGUACAUAUGUAAAUAAACAAAUUUCCUCUUUGUAUUUGAACAUAUUACUGUAUGAGUUCCAUUUUUUAAUUAAACCAUUUUUAACGCAUUACUGUUUAAAAAUAUUUUCGGUAUGCUGAAUUUGGCGCGUCCACAGAACAAUAAACAGAAAAUACAUUCAUGAUUUAGCGGAUUGUUUAAAACGCUAAAAUAAGACUACCACUAAAAUAUGUAUGUUAACAGUAUCUUGUACCCCACCCGCAUGUUAUACAGUAUAUAUGGAUUUAACUAUAUGUUUCCUGUUUUAGAUUUGCAUAUAUUGUUUAUCGUCUAAUUGAAUGUGAUAGAAUAAGACAUAUUUUCUAGUGCAGUUCAUUGAGUAUGAGCAGAAAUCCAAUGCGUUCAUGAUUCUUCAAAUUUUCCAAUGUCAUGCAUAUGUUUUCGGUAUCUCGACACCACUGAUUAUAAAUACAUGUUUAUGACGUUCGUGAGACAGAGGUGUAAAGGCUCCAAAACACAUGCUGCAUGAAUCUCGCAGACAAAUGACCAUAGGUCGUCCAACAAUACAAACCAAAGUGUAAGAGAUUGUAAACAAAUAGACUGGGUUUUUUUCCGUCUGUAUCAUAAUUAUGAUGUUCACGGAAUUGGCAAAAAGUGUGCAAGUCUAGUUUUCAGACUUUUCAGUUACUCUAUGUAGAAGUCAAUUCGGAUACACUUAAUUCGAUUUGAGAAUCCGAAACACGUUUUGAUAUACCAAAGUCUAUUCAAAUACAUACGUACUUACGAACCUGGAGAAAAUGUUUCAUAACAUUCCAUAGAUCAACUUUGCACGUGUAUACAUUGUAUCGCUGAUUUCUUAAUAGAUACAUAAGAGUUCAUUCAAAUCAUACUUAAAGAAUAAAAUUAUAAAGUUUUACCAACCAAUCCACCAUUCUACUGUUAGAACGAAUUUGAUUGGAAGAUUAUCCAACCUUUCUAAAAAAAAUUAAUAGUUCUAAAUAGGACCUAGAUUGGUAAAAAAAAAUACUGUCGGACUUCGUUCUUUCGAACUCCGAUAACUCGAAGAAUCUUCUUAACUCAAAGAUGGAAAUUAGUUUUUCAUGACCCACUGACCUCGAGCUAACAAAAAUUCGACUUAUCUCAUUUUAUAUGCAUGCAUAGCAUAUAAAAAAAUUCAAAUCACCUGAAUGUUGCCUCUACCAGAUCGAUAUGACAAAAACAUCGUGAAUUAAACUAAAUAUCAUGUAGGAUAUUUUAUGAUAUAAUUAUAAGUUAAAAUCAACAUAAUUACUUAGUAAUUAGUAAUUUAAUUAUAUUUGUAUAUAUUUUGUAUAUUUCCCUCGUUUUCAUAGUAUGUUUAAUACGACAAACCGGUAUUGGUCCCGAAUACAAAAUAGGCUAAAAAGUCUUUAUUUUCUCGGGAUUUUUUCGAUAGAAAUUUGUUACUGCCUCGUUUUCGAUCGAAACGCAAAAGAGUUCUACCAAGGGAAGGUAACAAAACAUACUGUGUGAAAAGGGUCUAUUACCGCGAAGAUGAAUUCCCCACGAAAAUGUUUAACUCAAAAUGUGCUUAAAUUACUAUCGCUCUCAAUACUGUACAUUUUGUAUAUCUAUGUACGCAUGUGAUGUUCUCUAAUACCUUAAUACAACUGUUCAAAUCAUUGUAUAAUAAUAACAUUAUUGUUUCAAGUAUGAUGAGACAAAUUGAACAGUUAUUCAAGGAAAUAACCCGUUCGGUUACAUAACAAGACUUAUUAUGAUUUAACAAAAUACGGUAUACAAUUUUAAUUUUAUCUUUUUAAACAUACAUAAUUAAUAUGUAUAACAUAUAUACAUAUUUAUAUUAAAAGAUUUAUGGUAUAUUGUUAUCAAAAAAAUCAUUUAACAAACUAGACAUGUAGCUUUAUUAAUUAUGAAAUUUUUAUUUGUCUUAAUUUUUUUUAAAGCGACAGUUUUGUUAGUUUACUCUUGGUCUGGUUCAAAUAAUAUUAAGAGCAGUUUUUUUUAAUCUUAACAAAAUACCAGUGAAAUAUGCGUUGAUUGUGUUGUCUGAAAAUUUAAGACAAUCUACCAAGUUUAUAUUCCAUGACAUGUUUCAAUUCCAUUAAUUUGUUAAACAUUCCGUUUAACCAGAUUGUGUGUGGAUUGCGUAGUCUUCGAAAAGUCACCACAAUCUACUAUGUGUUUAUAUUCUCGACAUAUUUUAAUUCAGCUGCUUAAUAUUCCGCUGUGACGACAUUUUAUCUAUUGUUGAUUUGUUUACUUGUUUGUUUGUUUUCUGUUGUUGGCUUUUUACUUGAUUGGUAUAAUCAAAUGAUUUUAUAUUGAGUGGGGACUUUUUAGUUACGUGUUUCAUUAAAUCAAAGUUUGAUUAAA